CCUACCUGCUACUUUAGUGUUUUUCCCCGCUGCUCUGAGUGUUGCGGGCCUAUUUUCACCACUUCCUCAAUGUCACGGCCACAGGUUGGCUUUCGGAGAGCAACGAUUGAUAUCAGAUGGAGGGAAAAAAGCCGUUUUCUUUGCUUCAUUAUGAGAUCUUGCAGUAUGCCGCAAGGCUUGAGAUGACCGAAGCAGAGAGGAGGCGGCGGGUGGAUGCCUUACACAAGAUCCGGAAAGUGGUUUUAGAGCUAUGGCCGGGUGUGGAGGUGGUAGAGUUCGGUUCCUUUGCCACGGGUCUGUCGCUUCCGGGUAGCGAUCUGGAUCUUUCGCUGAUGUCAUCGAAUAACUCCCACCCUGGAAGUUAUCCCCUGAGCUGCGUCGAGUGCCCUCCUGGGGGAAGGGGAUGGUUGCUGCCUUUGGCAAAACGGCUGUGGCGUAAUCAGCUGGUGGCUAAGCUAAGGAAGAUCGCUCGGGCGAAGGUGCCGAUCAUCAAGUGCGUGAUGAAAGGCAGCAACCUCUCUGUGGAUAUCUCCUCCGGGGCGACAAACGGACCGAAGGUAGUACCGUUUGUGAGAGAGAAGCUGAGUCAAUGCUAUGCGUUAAAACCUUUGUGUUUGAUUCUUAAGGUGUUCCUUAGCCAGAGGAGCCUCAAUGAGGUUUUCACAGGAGGCGUAGGUAGUUAUUGCCUGCUCGCGAUGGCUCUCCGGUUGGUCCAGAAGGAGGGGUUAAUGGGAGUGUCAUCCCCGGAUGGUGCAGACAUGGGUAACCUGUUGAGAAGGUUCUUUGUUAUGUAUACGAUGGAGCACGACUACGAGAGGGAGGUUGUGUGUGCAAGAGUGGGAGGUAAAGGCCUGAAGGCCUCCAAGGAGGAGAGGGGAUGGCUGGAUUCGCGAAGACCCGAUGCCUUGUCUGUGGAAGAUCCUCAAGCGCCGGACACAGAUAUCGGCAAGGCAGCAUAUAGAAUUGACGAUGUACGGAGGGCUUUUGGAAGGGCCAGGGAAGCCUUGGAUGCUGCUUGGGACAGAGCAGGCCUGCUGGGGAAGAUACUGGAUUUGAGCAAAAGCCGAGAAUGUUUGGGAAGACCCAUCUCUCAUCCUGUGCCGGAUUGGAAGAAUAGGAUGUUCACAGCUGACUUGGGGAAUAGAGGAAACAAGAGAAAGCGAGGACGGUAUGAGACCACAACCCAAUACAUAGACUAUGAUGAUGAUGAUGAUGAUGAUGAUGACGACGACGAUGCUGUCAAUUGUAACGGUGGCGUGGGACAGGAGGAUGGCAAUAUGCUGUUCGCUGGAGGGUGUACGGGAUGGUUGCCUGCACUGAAGAAUUGGCGUGUCGAGGAACACACAAUUGUCCACGGAUGCGUCGAGAAGGGAGCGGCUCCAGACUACACCAACUCUGGAAAUGCAGGUGGAGAUGGAGCUACGAGUUGCAACGACAAGGGGUCGUAUCCUGGCUCGAAUGAUAACUUGGACAAUGUGCCCUCUUUGGGAACAAAGAGCACGUUGACGAAGCAGAAGAAGAAGAAAAAGUCAAGGAAAAAGCAGAAAAAACGAGCGAAGGAACCUCUGGAGCACAACAACGGCCCUCAACAGAAGGCCAUGGCUACUGGCGUCCAGAAUGACGGGAGAAGAGCUGUUAAUGAAGGCGAUGAAGAGGCCCUCGCCUCAUAUAUGUCUGUUCGAGAAGAGUGGGAUGCACAAUUUCUCAGUCGCGCGGAGUUAGAUGAUGGUGCUCAACCGUCGAGGGAUGGUGACGAAGGGGCAUGGACUACAUCAGGGAAUGAGUAUGCAGGGCGAACCAAUGUUUCUGGUCUGAGGGGUAUUGACAGGAGGUGGGGGCUGGUGGGAGACGAUUUCUGGCGGGGUGGAGAGGAGCAGGGGGUCGGAACGGAUGAAGGGGUACUUUGUACCGUAAGCCGCGGGCUUAAAAGCGAGAGGCAUGGGAUGGACGGCGCCGAGGGGUGGGAUUUGAUGCGUUUAGAUCUCGAUGGUAAAGAGGCAAAGGCAAGAGGAAAGAGGUGGAAGAGGGGUGCAUCUGGAAGCAAGAGUGGAAGAGACCGUACUCCUCACUCAGCGGGACCUCCUGGAUCCGUGGGACAGUGUCAGUGUAGAGAGUUGGAUAAGGAUACGGGCAGAAAGAGGAAGAGGGGUGGGUGGAUACCGGAGGAAGGGGGGAAGAGGAAUGGAUGCCGCAAAUGGGGAAGAGGAGGCAGUGCUACGCAAGAACGAGGAGGAGAAAGACUGCAGUCGACGGGUAGUGGGGGUGGGCGUCUUGUUACUUCGACAAGGGUAUUGAAAAAGACGAAGAAAUGGGGGGCUGUCGGCGUGCGGUCUGUUGGAAGCAAGGCGGGUUGGUCGAGAAGGAUAGAGCAGAAGGAAAGACUGAACCAGAUCACAAGUGGACUCAUUGUCCGGUCUGGAUUAGGGGUGGGGAAGAAUGAUGGGAGAAGAAGGGGAGGGUGGUGUGGGGGGGGUCCUGUCAAAGGGCUUAAGAAGGGCAGGCUUGCACAAGGGAGCAGGAGGAGGAGAGUCGCAGCCGCAAUGGCCAGAUAAGCUCAGUUGGAGUUGGUUCACACUGGAGAAGGUCAACUAUCAGACAUUGUCAAGCAAAAUGAACAGUCAACAAGACGAAUCCCAUAGUUUUUCUUAUCAGAAGGUGUCCGUUGGCGAGGGAGAGUGUAAAGUGUGCGAUCAAAUUCAUUUACGCUGCCGGGAAAAUAAUGAUGAUGAUGAAAUAAUGACCUCUGUGCGAAAAAUAGAUUUGUCUCAGAACGAAUGGGUUACGAGGAGUAAGCGAGCGAUGUGCGGUUUUCGUUAUUUGCUGUUGUCGGACUCGUCGCCCUUUUCUCCAUGGUCGUCACCGCAGUGGUCAUCACGCUGUUUCUCCUGUCAGGUUCGCUGCCUUGAGUAGUCGUUUAACCGAGUGAGAGAGAGCGGCGACGAGGAAACCGAUUCUCUCUGUUGCCCACUGUCUCCUUCAAUCUGUAGGUGCCUUAGCUGAUUGUAGGUUUCCGUGUUUUUGUCGUCUAGUUGAUAAGUCGUUUCUUUGAUCACAGAAAAAAUGGGGACACGAUGAUGCAACGACCCCUAAUCGGGAGCAGUAUUGGGCAAUUGUCAUCAAUCCGGUAUGAAGAUUUUUUAGCGCCUCAUUUGCCUGACGAGUUUGCGACGAUGAGGCUGCAUGUGUCUUUGACAGAAUUGGUUGCGGACAAUCUUUUCUGCAGAUGAUGCACAUGCCAUCCCCUCGUGGGAUUCGAACCCGUGACUUCGCCAGAAGGUCCGACAAGUGGAAUUGGCAAUUUCUGGGAAGUAGGGGGUACCCCAAAUCUCCAAUCCUUUCUUUGUCCAUGUGAAGUUGCGU